ACCCGAACAACGGUGCUUCCUUUAUUCAGUGCUCAUAAUGAAUUUGUGUUCCUAAUCAUAAUUAAAAAGUUCUGUUGCAAAAACAUUUACUUGAUAUUUGGUGAUUAAUACUAAAGAGAAGGUAACCAUGACGUCAAGCUUGCCUAUACCAGCUGAUGUAUUGAAAACACUUGUGUGUAUUAGAUGUCACAAUUUUCUUUCGGUAUUUCCAAUCUACACAAAAGAUGAUGGUACUGGCGCCGUAUGCGGUAGAUGUAAAGUGGUAGAAGACGAUAAGUUUGUACGAGAUGAAGCUUAUGAAAGUAUAGCUCAGUUUUUUCCAUUUCCAUGUAGACAUAGUGAAUCUGGUUGUAAAGAUAAUCUCGUGCCGGCUCAACUCGAGUACCAUGAACUUUACUGCGAAUUCAGAAGAUUUGAUUGUCCAUCUAAAAAUUAUUCCAAUUGCACUUGGAAAGGACUUCGUACUGACAUAGUAGAGCAUUUCUCCAGUCAACAUGCAAAUCUGUUACUGAAAGAACCUAGCUUUGAAAUUAAUUUUGUUUACUCUCUAGAAGAAUGUUUACUUCUUUCGCAUGGUAAUGAAAUAUUUAAUGUUAAAAAAGAAGUUGAUGCCCGGAAAGGUGUAUUUUCCUGUUCCAUUGAACAUAUGAAUGUCACCGAAAAAUCUGAUACCUUUAACUAUUUCUUGAGGAUUGUUAGCAGCAAUAAAAACUUUUUCUUUACAUGCCCUCAGAAAAAUACAAGCAGUGAACAACGGCUAAAUAGUACUCACUUAACCAUUGAAACUGUUAAACAAAAACUACAAGAUCCAGAUUCUGUCAUUGUAAAUAUUGAAAUAGUAAAGGCAGAGGAGUCUAUAACAGAAAUAGAGGAAAUUCCAAUAGAAGAAAACGCUGAUGCUAGACAAAAUCCAAAUAUAAUCUGGGCACUUCUUGCGAAUAUGGAGUGUCCUGUUUGUUUAGAUUUUAUGCUUCCGCCUAUAUACCAAUGCGCUAACGGCCAUAGUUAUUGUGAAAAAUGUAAGAUAAAAAUUAAUACCAUAUGUGCUCUUUGUCGAGUAGCUAUUCAUGAAACUCGGAACUUUACUUUAGAAAAAAUGAUAGAGUUGUUAACUUAUCCUUGUAAGUAUCAUAAAGCUGGCUGUACGUAUUCCUGUAUUUCAACUGAAAUACGAGGUCACGAAGUUUGCUGCGAAUUUGGACCAUUCAUUUGUCCGCUAAAAGGCACCACCGAUUGUGACUGGGAAGGCAGUCAUUCAAAAUUAUUUGACCAUAUCGAUAAUAAUCAUAAUGAAUUCGUCUUAAAAUCCGAUCAAAUCUCUAUACCUUUUAAUGACCAAACAAGGAAGACUUAUAUAAUAAAAUACGAGAAGAAGAUUUUCCAAUUUGAUUAUAAUUAUGACAAGCAAAAGCUUUAUUUGUCUGUCCAGAUUAUUGGACGAUCCACAGAUGCUAAAAAGUAUAGAUUUGAGGCUGAUGUAAUUGACUUAGGCGGGUUAAAGAGAAAAUGCUUUAAUGUGGGUUUGGUUUCAGCCCUUACAUCUCUGGAUGAACGCUUUCAAGAUGGCAAAUGUGUUAAAAUUUAUCUAGAACAAAUUAAUGGUUUUUAUUCGGAUAAUAUUAACUUAAGAAUCAGAAUCAUCAAAGGCUAAAUACUUUUAAAUAUAUAUUUUAUUUUUGUAUUUGUAUUUGUUAAUUUGUUUGGUAAAGAAAAUCCUAUAUAGUAAAAUGUGCAAAUAACUAAUCAGGAUGUUUCAUUUAUUUUUUCACUAAUCAUUAGAUACGUAAUCGUAAUAACCAAACUAAUUUUAAAUUUAUAUAUAUUUUUUAAUUAAUAAAUAAUCUCAUUUU